CCCUUAAACGGAGAAACAUGGUAGUAACUAUAAGGCCCGGUUCCACAACUUGCUUUAAUCGAAGUUCAAGUCGUUAAACUUGGUUUAAGGAAAAUGUUGCGUUCCACACUGCCUUAAACUUCAGUUAACAUCGAUUUUCUGCGGUUAAAGUUAAACGUCGAAUUUUGGGCGUUUAAGGAAUAUAAACGAAGUUUAAUACUGCAGCGACACUGAUUUUAGCGUGAAAAUUUAUUCCAUCCAGCUUUUCAGGGUUAUGUUUGUGGGGUGUUGUAAUUUAGUGAAUGUUCCUUGAAAAUAACACAAUUGGUGAGAAGUAUGGCUUUGGAAUAUGUGAUAUGUUCCGAAGAUGAAGAUUUUAUGGAAAUAAUAAAUCGACGUCCGAAAAAUAUAAGAAGACGACCAUCUUAUUUUGAGGAAUUCGAUGAUAUUGAUUUUCAUGCGCGAUUUCGUUUGUCAAAAGAAUCUGUUACUGCAGUACUAACAGAAAUCGAACAGGAAAUUUCUCAUGCAACAGAACAAAACAAUGCCAUAUCUCCAAUGAACCAGCUUCUUCUGACAUUGAGAUUCUAUGCAACUGGGAAUCAUUUAUUAUCAGCGGCAGAUUUUUCUGGAGUGAGCAAAACAAGCUCUCACAGAAUUAUUCAUCGGGUGACAAAUGCUAUCGCUCGUCUUAGACCAAGAUUCAUAAAGUUUCCUAUGCUUGCUGAGGAAAUAAAGAAAGAACAGAUCAAGUUUUUUGAUAUUGCACGAUUCCCAAGAGUAAUAGGUUGCAUAGAUUGUACUCACAUAAAAAUACAAUCAGUUGGUGAGUAAUAUCCAAUAUCUUAAACAAUAUAUGUUUACAUUUAAAUUAUUAGUGCAUAUUUUUAUGUAAGAACAUACGCACGCACGCCCAAACACA